UAUUUUACUAUGAGUUUAGAAAGACGGUUAUUUAUUUUGUUUUUUUUGUUGUACGUUAUUUGUCCGGCUUUUGGGAUGACGCGGCAACAAUUGAAGAAUUCUGGAAAACUUAUGAAGAAGUCGUGUAUGCCUAAAAAUGAUGUGACAGAAGAUCAAGUUGGUCAAAUCGAACAAGGGAAGUUUAUUGAAGAAAGAAAUGUUAUGUGCUACAUAGCUUGCGUUUACACUAUGACACAAGUUGUAAAGAACAAUAAACUGAGUUACGACGCGGUAAUAAAACAAGUCGACACCAUGUUUCCUGCAGAGAUGAGAGAUGCUGUGAAAGCUUCAGCUGCAAACUGCAAAGACAUUAGUAAAAAGUAUAAAGAUAUAUGCGAAGCAUCUUACUGGACCGCGAAAUGUAUGUACGAUUAUGAUCCAAAAAAUUUCGUGUUUCCUCAUAACUUCACUUGUAAUAUUAAUUUUGAUGUUUGCACUACAAUGGGGCGGACUACUACCUUGAUAGUGAUUUUGUUAUGUUUUUUAUCCUACACGUAUGGGAUGACAAGAGUACAGUUGAAAAAGACGAUGACCGUUAUGAAAAACCAGUGUAUGCCGAAACACAAAGUUACGAAUGACAAAGUUGGGCAAAUCGAGCAAGGAGUUUUUAUUGAAGACCACGAUGUUAUGUGCUAUAUCUCUUGUGUUUAUAAAGCGGCUUUAGUGGUAAAAAACGAAAGACUUGAUAAAGAUCUUAUAUCAAAACAAAUAGAUAUUCUUUAUCCAAAGGAACUAAGAGCUACAGUUAAAAGUGGAGUUCAAAGUUGUUGUGAUGUUCAGAAUAAGUACGACGAUGGUUGUGAAGGAAUUUUCCACGCCACUAAAUGCUUAUAUGAAUAUGAUCCAGCAAGCUUUGUUUUUCCAUAAGUAUCUAUGAAUAAAUAAAAUCCUUUUUCUGGCAGAUUUAGUUCUAUUUAUUUUAUUUAACUUUACUCGCAAUAAAUAAAUAAAUAAAUAAAAAAUCUCACCUGAAAGAUGGAAGAGUUGUGAGAGAAAAAUAGUAUGAGUACUCACUUAGUCUUUUAUGUUAUAGAGUUUUUGCCUGUUCAUUUAAUUAAUAGUUUGAGAUUGACUCGAAAAAGGCGGUCACAAGAAAAUGUAUCUACAUUCUACACC